GCCAGUUUUAUCGUUGGCACGUCGCUAGUCGACAGAUCCACAUAUACAUAUGGUAUUAUAUUAUACAGUUCUCGCGGAAAAACACUUACCAGCAUUUAAAUGACACUGGAUCGCAUAGGAGGUCGAUAGGCCUGUGCCAAUGGCGGCCUACAAUCCAUUUCUACUUCACAGGCCCGUGGAUUACUCCAUGAAUUCGCUGCUAGCCCAGCCGCCGUAUCUGCCUGGCUACCCCCUCGGCCACGGCACGGUACCGUCCUCGCUGCUACCGAAGCUCCAUCAAGGGAUGCUGCGCUCACCUAUGACGGCUACAGACAUCCUCACAAGUCAGCAACAUCUGAGACCAUUACGUUCCCUAGAACCUUUAGAUUCGGACGUCCAAGACGACCCAAAAGUCGAGCUCGAAGGCAAAGAUCUCUGGGACCGUUUCCACUCGAUAGGAACCGAAAUGGUCAUCACGAAAUCCGGCAGACGGAUGUUUCCUCCAUUUAAAAUUAGAGUAUCGGGUCUGGAUAAAAAGUCGAAGUAUAUAUUGUUGAUGGACAUUGUGGCGGUUGACGAUUGUCGCUAUAAAUUCCACAACAGCCGAUGGAUGGUGGCCGGAAAGGCAGAUCCAGAAAUGCCAAAGCGCAUGUACAUCCAUCCGGACUCACCAAGCACCGGCGAGCAGUGGAUGCAGAAAGUGGUGUCCUUCCACAAGCUCAAACUCACCAACAACAUCUCCGAUAAACACGGAUUUACGAUCCUCAACUCCAUGCACAAAUAUCAACCUCGAUUUCAUCUUGUCAGAGCGAAUGAUAUUCUAAAGUUACCGUACAGCACCUUCCGAACUUACGUGUUCAAGGAAACUGAUUUCAUCGCCGUCACAGCAUAUCAAAAUGAAAAGAUAACCCAACUGAAAAUUGACAAUAACCCCUUUGCAAAAGGUUUCCGGGACACGGGAGGUGGGAAGAGAGAGAAAAAACGAUUAAUGGCUCAGCAAUCUCAGCUGACCCCUGGUGGGUCUUGUCCAGAUGAUGACCAUCGGUCAGACGAUGACGAAGACUCGGACAAUAUGGAGAUCUGUGUGGUGGACACUGAUGACCAACCUCUGGACACUUCCGCCACGCUUAUGACGUCAGAUAGUGAAGCAGAUGUCACCAAAGAGGAGGAAGACAAAAUGAUUUCAAAAAGGGAUUUAUCGACGUCGUUGAACGUAUCCGACGAUAACACAGACAGUCCACUUCGGGAACACGCGCACUUAUCACGUGAGCGAUGCACGCGAUCGUCUUCGCCGACUAUGUUAAGUGAUCAUUAUAGAAACGAGGUGAACAGGUCCAGAAGUGAGAGUCCAUUGAGGAAAUUUUGUGCGAGGGACACUUCACCAGAAAGGAGUGGGAACUGUGAAGAUUCUAGAUCGGCGUGCUCUUCGACAGAGCCGAUUAUGUCGGGCCGGAAGUCUCCGAUGGGACCUACAAGUCCGCCAAACGUCACUGUGUUACAACCCUCGGCAUCACACGCCAUGUUUUCCUACUUGCAUCCCUCUGGCGGUGCCUAUCCUAGUCCGGCGAGUUCUCUCCCUUAUCCACUGGGCCCGCCUGGGUUGUACGGCCCCUCUCUACCUCACGGCCCCAUGGGGCCAUUUCCUGUGCUCCCUUCCUCAUCGACGGGGUCCACGACCGACCUUGCCCAUCUCCCGUCGGUGCGUUCACAAACCUCUGCCCUAAGCCCGCACUUAUUACUAGGAGGUAUGCCUUUACCUGGUGGUGCGCACCUCCUACCCCAAAGUUUCCCCUUGGGGGGACCGGACAGUGUUUCUAUCACAAGCGUUCCUCAAAUAGUGCCCCCAUCCCUCGGACCAUUAUUCAGUUCACGGCCUAAUCACAGGUUCUCUCCCUACGCCCUACCCCUGACAAAGACUACUAUGGUGACAACGGCGGCCCCUCUGCCCUCUACAGGGUCUCGGUUGGGUGUGUCCCAUCCUGCUCUCUCGGGGCUUUCUAGCCCACCUGGCUCCGGCAGCCCAGGACACAGGACUUCUCCCCUCAUCAGCCGGGGGUCGGGCCAGAAUUGCUUCCCCCCAACCACGGACAACAGUGAACUGAAAAGCAUAGAGCGUUUGCUCAACGGACUGGAAGGCCAGCGCGACCAGGUGAAUGAAAGAUCUCCUAGCAAACAUACGGAGCGCUAACCUUCAUCUGUAACCUCCCCUGUAAUUAGCAAACUAGCUGACAAUAAGCCGGUUUAUUCCGUGUUUCCUUUAUGCUUCUUUGUGUCAAACUCAAGACUUUAAAUUCAAGACGCCA